AUGGUAAGCAAGCAACGUCAAAAACUCUUUGUGAUCCUGUUGUUGAGCCUUUGGGCGGUUUCCUGCCUGGCCGAUGUUUCCCAUGUGAAACACCAUAAGCACCACGGCCAUCGCCACUCCAAGGAGCACGAAGACGAGGAUGAGGAGUCGCAUUACCUGCCGCCAGAGGAGGAACACGAACCCGUUUACAAAAAGGAAAAGCACACCAGCGAGCGGGUGGUCUACCACAAGCAGGAGGAGCAUGAAGAGCCACACCAUAAGGAGCACCAUUAUGUGGAACACCGCCACGAGGAGCCGAAGAAGCAGCGGGUGGACCACUAUCACCACUACGAUAAGAAGCCCGAGGUGAAGACCCAGCACAUCCACUACAAGCACAGCCAGCCGCAGGUUCGCACGGACUAUAACCGGGAUCUGUUCACUCCGGCUGCCACGCAGGUGGUCUACCGCCGUCGCCGGCCCAGCCGCAUCCUGUACGCCAGCGCUCCCAAUUCGGUGUUCCACACUCACACCCAGAUCAACGUGCAGUCUCAGGACUCGGAGCUGAACUCACUCUCCCGCCCCGACUUGCCGGCAGGAGCUCAGGCUCCUACAGGUGCUCAGGCUCCCACAGGAGCUCAGGCUCCCACUGGGGCUCAGUUGCCCACUGGAGUGGGUUUCCUGCCCAACUGCCAGGCGGUGGCUGGCAAUGUUCCACCCGGUUGCGGUCCAUCCGAUCCUCUGGGAGCUCAGCUUCCAGCUAGUGCCUUGGCUCCCGGUGCAGGAAACUUCCCAGCCAACCAGCCCGCUCCUGUUCCCGCUGGCCAACUGGCUGUUCAGGGCAAUGGCCAGCGACCUCCAUUCCGGCCAGGCGGCUACGGAGGACACGGUGGCAAGCGGAACAACUUCUUCUUCGAUCCCUCGCUGGGCGCACAGCUGGGAGCUGUGGGAAACGUUGCUGGAGGAGCUCAGCUGGGCGCAGGUCAAGGAUUUGAUCCUUCCUUUGGAGCCCAGCUUCCAGCUGCUGCCGGUGCCCCCUUUAACCCCAACUUUGGGGCUGGACAAGCUCCAGUGGCCCAAAGACCUGUGGCUCAAGCUCCAGUUCAAGUUGCUGGUCCUGCUCCAGUGGCGCCCCUGCAGAACCAGUUUGAUCUGAACUUGCAAGUUGGUGCUCCCUUCGAUCCCGCUCUGGGGGCCCAACUGGGAGCAGCUCAAGGAGUUCCCAACCAACGACCCAAUCCUGUUAAUGCUCCCCUGGGAGCUCAGCUGGGAGCCCAGGCAGGUGUAGAUCCCAAUCAGGGCCUGUUCGACCCCUCGGUGGGCGCCCAACUCGCUGCGGGACAGGUGCCGCGCCUGAACAAUCGUCGUCCGCCGAGUCGAUCCAACUACCAAGGAUUAAAUGUGCUCCGCGGCAACGUCUUUGGACAGCCCAGUCUGCAGGGACCCACAAAUGCGUUGGGCAACCAGCAGGACACCAACAUCAUUGACGGCAACUUCUACAGUCAUCAUCCCCAUCAUGGUCAUCAUGGAGCCUUGGUUUCGGUCAAUCCCAACCAGCGUUCCGUCUUGGUGGCCGAUGACGACGAUGCAGAUGACGAGGUGGACUCAGGAUUCCUGGGUUUCGCGGCCACUAACCAACAAGCCUCCUAUGUGGUGGCUCCCAAGAAACACCGAUCCCACAGGCGUAGUUCGAAGAUUAACAGCUCGGAUCAGGGCACCUCUGCCUCGGAGUACGACACCGAUUACCGCGAGGAUGGCUAUCACUACCAGAAGCCCAAGCACUCGUUUGAGUUUUAA